UAUCCGAACCAUACACGCGGGUAAUCGAAAAUACCGUGGUGACAAGCCCGAUGGGACACUGUUACUGGAAAAAGAUGAUACCUACAGAGAGACACAAUGGAAGAUGGCCGAUUAGGAGCAUGCUAUGGGUUCAGAGUGAUAUUGAGGCUGAACAGAUCCCGGUAGCAUCUCCAGAUCUAACAGCCACGAUACGACAACUCCCAGACCGGGCAGUGCUAGUAGUGUCGGUCUAUAUAGAGUGGAACAGUGAGGAAGCAUUGACAUCCACUAUUAGGUUGCUACGCAGCCUAGUAACGGAUAUCCGGGGUAGGGAAGGAACACGGACAGAUGUGUUGAUAAUAGGAGACUUCAACAAGCAUGACCAACUCUGGGGAGGAGAUCAGAUAUCUUCUGCGAGACAGGGAGAGGCCGAUGAUCUGGUUGAUUAUAUGAGCGGAAACUCUCUACACAGCCUCCUACCUAGAGGCAAAACAUGGCAAUUAGGGGACAGGGAGACAACAAUUGACUUAGUACUAGCAUCAAUAGAGCUAGCAGAGGAGAUG